UGAUAUUUUGUGUGAUUUGUUUUGAUAUCUUUACAGCAACUGAUUUUGGCGGCAAUUGACUUAGUUGAUGCUAACUCAAAAUCUGGAGGAUUUAUAGUCUAUUCAACAUGCUCCAUGAUGGUUGAAGAGAAUGAGGCUGUGAUAGACUAUGCUCUUAAGAAGAGAGAUGUGCAGGUUGUACCCUGUGGAUUGGACUUUGGUCGCCCUGGAUUCAUACGGUUUCGCGAGCAUCGCUUUCAUGUGUCAUUGGAAAAGACAAGAAGGUUCUACCCCCAUGUGAACAACAUGGAUGGCUUCUUUGUGGCUAAGGUACUAGUUCUUUCUAGAUUUUUCUGUGAGCUAAUUUUGAAUGACUUUGCUAGAAACAAUUGGUCAUUGUGAAUUGUGAUCAAUAAA